AUGAGGCUGGUGCGUGCAGCCGGGGCGCGAAUGCGCGGGGCGGGCGGGCUUCGCGCGGCUCCCACCGCUGCGCGGAGACCCAGGGCUGCCAGCGUGAAGACGCGAAGCCAGACGCGGGGCGGGGGCCGCGGUUGUCCUGAUUCGCAGGCGGCUCGGGGCUGGCGACUCCACCGGUGCGCUGUGGUCCUGAAGCCGCCCCGGCCUCUGAGGCCCAGGAGUUCAGUGGGCGCCCCCGCCGAGGAACGCCCUGCGCGCGCCCAGCCAGCCCUUCACCCCGGAGCAGAGGAGGGAGAGGGCGCGGGGGGCGCUGUUCGAGGGGCGGGGAGGGAGCAGCUCCUGGGAGGAGGGGCCGGAGGGAGGGCGGCGCGUCUUCCCUGCAGGUCCCGCCGGGGAGGCCUCGGCUCCGCUUCGGAAAGCCCACCUCGGGCCAGCACCGCACCUGUGCUUCUCUUUCAGAAAACAGAAAUUUACUCUGUGGAGCUCAGUGGAACCGGAGACAUUGGGAAGACGGACAAGGGGCAUGGCAAGAAGUUCGGGGGCCUGAAAAUGAACUGCUUGGAACGCAAAACGCAUCAGCCGAAAGAGGAGCUUAAGAAAGAACUCGAUCUGGAUGACCACAAACUCAGCAAUGAGGAACUGGAAACAAAAUAUGGUACAAACAUCAUUACGGGUCUCUCCAGCACCCGGGCUGCUGAGCUCCUGGCUCGGGAUGGACCCAACACCCUCACCCCGCCCAAGGAAACCCCGGAGAUUAUCAAGUUCCUCAAGCAGAUGGUGGGGGGCUUCUCCAUCCUCCUGUGGAUAGGAGCCAUCCUGUGCUGGAUUGCGUACGGGAUUCAGUACUCCAACGAUAAGUCCUCUUCCCUGGACAAUGUGUACCUGGGCUCCGUGCUUGCCGUGGUGGUUGUUUUAACCGGGGUCUUUGCCUAUUACCAAGAGGCGAAAAGCACCAACAUCAUGGCCAGCUUCCGCCAGAUGAUUCCACAGCAAGCUCUUGUCAUUCGAGAUUCAGAGAAGAAGACAGUUCCUGCAGACCAGCUGGUGGUGGGGGAUAUAGUGGAGAUUAAAGGAGGAGACCAGAUCCCCGCGGACGUCAGGUUGCUGUCUGCUCAGGGCUGUAAGGUAGACAACUCAUCUCUCACUGGGGAGUCUGAGCCCCAGCCCCGCUCCUGUGAGUUUACCCAUGACAACCCCCUGGAGACAAAGAAUAUCAGCUUCUUCUCCACAACCUGUCUGGAAGGCACAGCGACCGGCAUGGUCAUCAACACGGGUGACCGCACCGUCAUUGGGCAGAUCGCCUCACUGGCCUCGGGAGUCCAGAACUCGAAGACGCCCAUUGGCAUCGAGAUCGAGCACUUUGUUCACAUCGUGGCAGGCGUGGCGGUCUCCAUCGGCGUCCUUUUCUUCAUCAUUGCGGUGUCCAUGAAGUAUCAUGUCCUGGACUCCAUCAUCUUCCUCAUUGGCAUCAUUGUGGCCAAUGUGCCUGAGGGUCUCCUGGCCACUGUCACUGUGGCUCUGUCACUGACAGCAAAACGAAUGGCCAAGAAGAACUGCCUGGUGAAGAGCCUAGAGGCCGUGGAGACCCUUGGUUCCACCUCCAUCAUCUGCUCAGACAAGACGGGGACCCUGACCCAGAACAGGAUGACCGUGGCCCAUCUGUGGUUCGACAACCAGGUCUUCGUGGCGGACACUAGCGAAGACCAUUCGAAUCAAGUCUUUGAUCAAAGCUCUGCAACCUGGGCCUCCCUGUCAAAGAUCAUAACGCUGUGUAACCGCGCUGAGUUCAGACCAGGACAGGAGAGCAUCCCCAUCAUGAAGAAAAUUGUGGUUGGAGAUGCCUCAGAAACUGCUCUUUUGAAAUUCUCAGAGGUCAUUUUGGGUAAUGUGAUGGAAAUUAGAAAAAGAAACCGCAAAGUAGCCGAAAUACCUUUUAACUCGACCAACAAAUUUCAGCUCUCCAUACACGAGACAGACGACCCCAGUGACAAGCGUUUCCUCGUGGUGAUGAAAGGGGCCCCCGAGCGGGUCCUGGAGAAGUGCAGCACCAUCAUGGUCAACGGCCAGGAGCAGCCUCUGGACGGGAGCACGGCCAAGGCCUUCCACACGGCGUACAUGGAGCUGGGCGGCCUGGGGGAGCGCGUGCUGGGUUUCUGUCAUCUCUACCUGCCAGCAGACGAGUUUCCAGCCUCCUAUUCAUUUGAUGUAGACACAAUGAACUUUCCUACUUCCAACUUCUGUUUUGUGGGCCUCUUAUCGAUGAUCGACCCGCCUCGGUCCACCGUCCCUGAUGCAGUCACCAAGUGCCGGAGUGCAGGGAUCAAGAUCAUCAUGGUUACAGGCGAUCAUCCAAUCACAGCCAAAGCUAUUGCCAAGAGUGUAGGUAUCAUUUCCGCCAACAAUGAGACAGUGGAAGACAUUGCAAAACGCCUCAAUGUUGCUGUGGAGCAGGUUAACAAGCGGGACGCUAAGGCCGCUGUGGUGACCGGCACGGAGCUGAAGGACAUGAGCCCGGCGCAGCUGGACGAGCUCUUGGCCAACCACUCGGAGAUCGUCUUUGCCCGGACGUCCCCCCAGCAGAAGCUGAUCAUUGUGGAGGGCUGUCAGAGGCAGGAUGCUAUUGUCGCUGUGACAGGGGACGGAGUUAACGACUCCCCGGCUCUAAAGAAGGCAGACAUCGGGAUCGCCAUGGGGAUAACGGGUUCUGAUGCAGCCAAAAGUGCAGCCGACAUGGUCUUGCUGGAUGACAACUUCGCGUCCAUCGUCACAGGGGUGGAGGAAGGUCGCCUGAUCUUUGACAACCUAAAGAAGACUAUCGCAUACACCCUGACCAAGAACAUCGCUGAGCUCUGCCCCUUUCUGAUCUACAUCAUUGCUGGGCUUCCCCUGCCCAUUGGCACCAUUACUAUCUUGUUCAUCGACCUGGGCACAGACAUAAUUCCCUCCAUCGCCCUGGCUUAUGAGAAAGCUGAAAGUGACAUUAUGAACAGGAAGCCUCGCCACAAGAAGAAGGACAGACUGGUGAACAAGCCACUUGCUGUGUACUCCUACCUGCACAUUGGCCUCAUGCAGGCCCUGGGAGCUUUUCUUGUGUAUUUCACUGUGUAUGCACAGGAAGGUUUUCGACCCAGCACUCUCCUUAACCUCCGGGUGGAAUGGGAAAAGGGCUACGUGAACGACUUGGAAGACAGCUACGGACAGCAAUGGACGAGCUACCAGAGGAAAUACCUAGAAUGGACAGGCUACACAGCAUUCUUUGUUGGCAUCAUGAUCCAGCAAAUAGCAGAUCUGAUCAUCAGGAAAACCCGGAGGAAUUCCAUCUUCCAGCAGGGUCUCUUCAGAAAUAAAGUCAUCUGGGUGGGGAUUGCCUCGCAGGUUAUCAUCGCGCUAAUCCUCUCCUAUGGCCUCGGGAGUAUCGUGGCCCUGAACUUCACGAUGCUCCGGCCUCAGUACUGGUUCGUGGCUGUACCACACGCUGUUCUGAUCUGGGUGUAUGAUGAGGUGCGGAAACUUGCCAUCAGACUCUACCCUGGAAGCUGGUGGGAUAAGAACAUGUACUAUUAA